AUGUCGAAGACAAACUCAGAAAAAACGCCACCAGUGAAAUCUACGAUGUCAUCCGACAACAUGGCGGGCGUACAAGGCGUACAAUCAGCAUCUUCUCUCAUCAACAAUGUGGAGAAAUUAGAUAUAAACUCUUCCAAUAUGCAAGUAGAAUGGAAACACUUUGCUACAAAUCUAAAAAUAUUUAUGCGAGCGAACAACUUUGAAAACGAAACAGAGGCACGUAAGGUAGCCAUUUUGUUAGCGUGCAUUGGAAGCGAAGCGCUGGAAAUUUUUUAUUCGUUCAAUGUGGAUAUCGACAAAAUUACCUUCGAAGAGCUACUCAAAAAGUUCGAGGAAUAUUUUCUUCCAAAAGUCAACAUCACCAUGGAAAGACAUAAACUCUUCAACAGAAAACAAGGUCAAAAUGAGGACAUAGCAUCUUAUGCUACAGACAUUAAGAACAUAAGUCUCCAGUGUGGUUUUGAAGAACUGCGUGAUAAUAUCCUAAAAGAUGUCUUCUCAUGGAACCUAAACAGCAAUUAUAAUUAUAUAAGGGAAAAGCUUCUUACAAAUGACCCAAAAACAUUUCAAGAUUCCAUAGAUUUAGCCAAGAAAUUAGAAACGUCAAGGCAGCAAGCCAAAGUCCUUCAAGGGGAACAGUCAUCGUCGUCACAGUCAUCUUCAUUUGUAGGAAACGUCAACAGUCACAAAAAGUUUAAUAAUAAUAAUUUAAAUCAUUUUAGAAGGAAAAAGUUCCAUUCCGUCUUGUAGAAAACUUAAAUAAGGAAUUGGAGAUAUUGGAAAGAAAUAAUAUAAUAAAAAAGGUAGAAGAACCUACCGAAUGGGUUAGUUCUUUGGUACUUACCUCAAAUAAAAAUGGAAGAUUGAGAUUAUGCAUAGAUCCUAGAAAAUUAAAUAAUGCUCUUAUGAGACCUCAUUACCCUUUGCCUACCAUAGAUGAAAUUAGAUCUACAUUGUCAGGUGCCAAAUACUUCAGCACUCUAGAUGCCAACAAAGGUUUCUGGAUGAUUCUUUUGGAUGAACCAUCCUCAAAGCUUUGCACAUUCAACACUCCACAAGGAAGGUAUCGUUAUCUUAGACUACCUUUUGGAAUUAAUGCAGCUAGUGAGAUCUUUCACAGUGAAAUGAUAAAAAGAUUCAAAGAUUUAGAUGGUGUCAAAAUAAUGAUAGAUGAUAUUUUAAUUUAUGCCCCCGACAAAGAGACACAUGACAGACGUCUAGAAAAUGUUCUAAAAAGAGCUAGGGAGAUAAACAUUAAAUUUAAUAAAGAAAAGUCAGUAAUCUGUAAACAAGAAGUGCGUUACUUAGGUCAUAUUUUCAGUGAAAAUGGUGUCAAGGUCGAUGAAAGUAAAGUCAAGGCAAUAUGUGAUAUGCCUACACCUAAAAAUGCUAAUGAACUACAAAGAUUUUUAGGAAUGGUCAAUUAUCUAGGUCCUUUCAUAAAAAAUUUGUCACAAAAAACGUCACGACUAAGGUCAUUAUUGUCAAAAAAUACUACAUGGUCAUGGUCACACGAACACAACACAGAUUUCAAUAAUCUAAAAGAUAUUAUAACAAAAACUCCUGUCUUAACUUAUUUUGAUCCAAAUAAAGACAUAACAUUGUCAGUCGAUUCGUCCAAAGAUGCAAUGGGAGCAGUCAUUUCUCAUAAUAGUCAACCAAUUGCUUAUGCUAGUGCAUCAUUAACGUCUUGUCAAAAAUCCUAUUCCCAAAUCGAAAAAGAGUUGUUGUCAAUAUUGUUUGGUUGUACUAAGUUUCACCAAUACAUAUAUGGUCGUCAAACACUUGUUGAAACAGAUCAUAAGCCGAUUGUCUCAUUAAUGAACAAACCCCUAUAUGACAUACCACCUAGGCUACAAAGAAUCAUGUUACGACUUCAACCUUAUGAUCUAAAAGUCACUUACAAACCAGGUAAAUACCUGUAUAUAGCAGACACUUUGUCAAGAGCUGCGUUGUCAGAGCAAACUUUAAAAGAAGUAGACCAAGAGUUAGACUUGCACAUAAACUCAAUAACUAGUACAUUGUCAGUCAGUCCAGAAAAACUUAAAGAAAUCCAGGAAAAUACAGUCAAAGAUGAAGUUCUAUCUCAAAUAAUAAAAUAUUGUCAAGAAGGUUGGCCUGAGCACAGAAGAUGUGUUCCAGUUUUAGUCAAGCCAUACUUUGAUUUAAAACAUCAAAUAUACGUUAUAGACAACAUUGUGUUUAAAGAUUCAAGCAUAAUAUUGCCAACUAAGAUGCGAAACUAUGUACUUACUCUUUUACAUGAAGGUCACCAAGGCAUAAACAGUUGUAUAAAAUCUGCUAAAGGUAUUGUUUAUUGGCACAAUAUUAAUAAAGAUAUCGAAAAGUAUGUUAGUCAGUGUCAUACUUGUCUUACAUUUCGCAGGAAUAACAGUAAAGAACCUUUAAUUCCCCAUGACUAUAAACUCUUAGCAUGGAAUAAAGUAGGAAUAGACUUAUUUGAAAUAAAUAAUAAAAAAUAUUUAAUAGUCAUUGAUUACUUUUCAAAAUAUCCAGAAAUUGCAUUAUUAAACUCAACGACUGCUAGUCAAGUAAUUUUACAUCUAAAAUCUAUAUGGGCCAGGCAUGGCAUAGCAUCCAUUGCCAUAACUGACGGGGGUCCACCGUUUAACUCAAGAGAAUUUAAAGAUUUCUUAAACGAAUGGCACGUUGAACACAUAAUGUCAAGUCCUUAUCUGAGCAGAUCAAAUGGAAUGGUAGAACGUUCAAUUGGUACAAUAAAAAAUAUCCUAAAGAAAUGUUUUCAUGACAAUACAGAUCCUUUUCUAGCUUUACUGCAAUAUAGAAAUACUCCUAAAGACUGUCAGUAUUCUCCAGCACAAUUAUGUAUGUCACGAAGACUAAGGACUAAAAUACCUAUUUCAGAUAGUAACUUAAAACCUAAUAUUCCUGAUUAUAGGAAAAUAAAACAACACAUUAGAACACAAAAACAUAAAACUUCACUUUAUUACAAUAAACAUGUAAAAUCACUUCCAUCUUUAAACCAAGGUGAUAAAGUUUAUUUCAAAAAACAACCACAUCAUGUUUGGACACCAGGUAUCAUAUCUGAAGUCUGUCCAGAACCACGUUCUUAUAUAAUAUCAAGUCCAGAAGGUCAGUUUCGUAGAAAUAGACAACACAUUCUUUCUCCAAAACAUCAACAAAUUGAACAAAGUCCACCCAAGUCAACAGAGUCUAUACUGGAUUCCAACAUUCCUUGUCCAGAUAAUCCAAGUCUCAGCGUUCCAAGUCCAAAUAAACCAGCUUCAUCCUCCAGUUCCACUACAUCCACUCCUGUAAAACGUUCCAGAACCGGUCGUUUAAUACGUCAGCCAGAAAGAUAUGGGUUGUAAUAUAACUAGUUCAUAAGUUGUUUGUCAUCCUCUAGAAAUAAGUUUCAUUGUUUUACUAGCGAAAACACUUGUUAAAUCUAUUUUAGACUAAUUAAGUUAAGUUUUCAUUUGUUUUGUAUAAAAAUAAAUUGUAAAAUGUCAUGUCAUUGUCAUCCGAUAAUAAUAAGUCAAGUUGUCAAAAUUGCCACAGAUACUAAUGUCAUUAUCUUUAGUUCAGCUUCAAUUUUUUUUCUUUGUAAGGGAGGUGUUACACUAUGUGUCGUAUUAGUCUGUGUGUUAUUAGUCUGUGGUACAAAAUAAAAACUCUCUUCUCGAUAGCAAGCUAAUGGACGACGGUGUGUUUAAUUUCAAUCCUGACAAAAUAUUAAAACCCAAAAGCACAAGACAUCUUUUA